GUCUGCUCCAUAACAUGGAAAAUACUCUCUGACAGAACUGGUUUUCUGAAAUAUAGUCCGUAGUGUAAUAAUUGACUAAUUAACAGAAUCUGUAUUUGAAAAUUCACUACUGUUCAAAGAUCUUUAGAGGCCACGCAAAGUUCUGUGUAGUUUGUUGUUUGUUUCACCCACCAACGCGACGCACAAUCGGACCAAACUUCGGUGGUGCGCGCGAUUGACUUAGCGGUGCCUGGGCGUGCAGUGGCGAGAGUUAGUUUUAAAGUCCACAUAAUUUCGGUCUCUGCUAGCGUUAGCGAAUCUUUGGAGAAGAACUUUGUCGGAUCAAAAUCCUGUUGCCUUUCGCCAUCCUGUUCUCCAAGAUGUAUGCGGCUCUGCGGUUUCCCGUCGCGGUGGGUUCCGCGGGGUUGUUACGGGUGCUUGGGGCAACAUGGUCCUGGAGUCUCGCGGCUGGCCUGGGUCUGUAUCUAGGCACGGGGGGCUUUAAGUUUCUCUAUUUGGCCGCUCGCACUGUUAAACGAGACCUGAGUGGCCUGUAUGUUCUCUUGCGGGUGAAGUUAAGAAUCCGUGGUUUUGUUCAGAGAGGCAGUACCAUCCCUUCUCUGUUUGCCCAGACGGUGGCGCUGUAUCCCGAUAAAGCCGCGCUGAUCGAGGAGGCCACCGGUGAGGUGUGGACGUUUCGGCAGCUGGACCAGAGGUCAAACGCCGUGGCUAACUGGGCGCUUGGACAAGGCUGGGAACCGGGUCACGUGGUGGCCAUCUUCAUGGAGAGCCGCCCUCUCAUGGUCGCCCUCUGGUUAGGAUUGGCUAAAGUGGGCGUGGAGGCUGCGCUCAUCAACUUCAACCUGCGACGGGAUUCGCUGCUGCACUGUUUGGGCGUGUCUGAGGCGCAGGGGCUGGUGUUCGGGGCUGAACUUGCUGAUGCUGUGUUGGAGGUAAACAGCUCUCUGGAUCCUGCCAUGGUGAAGUUUUGCUCUGGUGAUUUGGACUCAGAGCGACUAAUCUCUCUCUCCUCACAAAACCUUGACCUUUUGCUAAAGUCCAGUCCUCAGAAACCCCCAUCAUUCAGGUCCAUCAAGGGCUUUAACGAUAAAUUGUUUUAUAUUUAUACCUCUGGUACAACUGGGUUACCUAAAGCAGCCAUUGUGGUUCACAGCAGGUAUUACCGUAUUGCUGCGUUUGGUUACUAUUCCUUUGGACUCCGUCCGGAUGACAUCAUCUACGACUGUCUGCCACUCUACCACUCUGCAGGUAACAUCAUGGGCGUGGGCCAGUGCCUGCUGCACGGGGUGACGGUCGUGGUGAGAAGGAGGUUCUCGGCCAGCCGUUUUUGGGAUGACUGCAUUAAAUACAACUGCACGGUGGUACAGUAUAUCGGAGAAAUCUGUAGGUACCUUCUCUCCCAGCCGGUGAAGCCCUCAGAUACCGCUCACCGUGUGCGUAUCGCUAUUGGCAACGGGCUCCGCCCUGCUGUGUGGGAAGAGUUUAUGCAACGCUUCAGUAUCAAACACAUUGGAGAGUUUUACGGUGCAACAGAGUGCAACUGCAGCAUUGCUAACUUGGAUGGAAAGGUGGGGGCGUGUGGUUUCAAUAGCGUGAUCCUGCCCAAUGUUUACCCUAUCAGACUGGUGCGGGUGGAUGAAGAGAGCAUGGAACUGGUGCGGGACCAGCGGGGACUGUGCAUUCCCUGUGGACCAGGUGAGCCUGGUUUGCUGGUUGGUCGAAUCAAUCAGAGGGAUCCACUGCGGCGCUUUGAUGGCUACGCUGACCGCGAUGCCACCAACAAAAAAAUCGCCCACAAUGUUUUUAAAAAGGGGGACUCUGCCUACCUGUCAGGAGACGUGUUGGUGAUGGAUGAGUUGGGCUACAUGUAUUUCCGUGACCGGAGCGGAGACACGUUCCGCUGGAGGGGAGAGAACGUCUCCACCACGGAGGUGGAGGGGGUGUUGAGCUCUCUCCUUGGCCAGACUGACGUAGCUGUGUAUGGAGUCUCCGUACCAGGUGUGGAGGGGAGGGCAGGAAUGGCGUGUAUUGCUGAUGUAACAGGUGGUUUUGAUUGUGAGGUUUUCCUAAGGGAGGUGCAGAAGACCCUGCCACCGUACGCUCGCCCCGUUUUCCUCCGCCUCUGCCCUCAGGUGGACACCACGGGUACAUUUAAAAUCCAAAAGACGCGCCUUCAGAAGGAAGGAUACGAUCCUCGGCAUUCUACUGACCGGAUCUACUUUCUGAACAGCCGCGCUGGGCGCUAUGAGGCAAUGACAGAGGAUCUCUAUGGUGCAAUCAUUGAGGGCAGAGCCAGUCUGUGAGACUGGAGCCAACCCCUGGAGCUGCACUGUGAAAAAGACCUCGUUAUAACAUUAUUGUGUAGCAGCUCGGACAGUGCUGGGUUAGGUCAGAACACACUGUUCACGUCGGGACAACAUAACAUGUGUGUUGUUCAUUUUAAAGUUACAUUUGGUGAGACCUGCUGUACUGACUGAUGCUGUGAAGGGGUUUUAGACGUGAUGCAGUGAUUCUGGUGCUUUUCCUUAUGCUUGUACUCAGUCACUAAUUUUUUUUUUUUUUUUUUACGAUUAUGCCAGUUUUACGAGUCUUUAUGUUUGAACUUAUUUAGCCUUUAUAAAUGGUUAUAUCUUCAGUCAAAAGAUUUGUGCCUUUAAAAAGGAUGGACCCAGCUGAAAGAUUUCAGUGGGUUUAAAAAUGAGAAUGAACAGUUUUUAAGGUAAGACUAUAAAAAUAUUGACACGGCUGAAAGAUUUUAGUGGGUUUAAAAAACAGUAGUUUUAAGGUAAGACAUUAACGGAAAAUUUAAGUUGCAUGUUGCAUGUGCGGUUUGGUCAAAGCACAAUGGUGAUGUGAAGAGCCUCUGUGUGAGAUGAGCAUCACCGUCUAGUCUGUGUGUCAUUAGAGUUGAAUAGUGUGUAAUAGUGAAAUGUCUAUAAGUGUCUUUGGCAGUGUAAUAGUGAAAUGUCUAUAAGCGUCUUUGGCAGUUGAAAAGUGUGAGUAAUAGUGAAAUGUCUUUUGUUUUCACACAUGCUCUGGGCAUCCUUUGAAUUAAACAGUUCCACCACUGACUCAGGAUCAGUUUGGGUGAUGACUCAGAGAAAGAGACCCAGGAGGAUUCCAUGGUCAGCGCUCUGAAAAAUGAUGAAACAGGUUUACUAAUUAUGGUAAUAUUAUUUAACAGAAGAGGUUUCAUAUCUGUGUUGUAAUGCAGACAUUUCUUACAUAUGAAUGAAUUGUGUGGGGACAUUAUGGGUCAGAAAAAAAUCAGGAAUCACUUUUUAUUCCUCAGACUUUUGAAACUAAGAAUAAU